AUGUUUCCUAUUACCCUAAAUUGGAACAAAGUUAAGAACAAGCUAGACAACUUAAAAAAGCAGUAUGAACUCUAUCAUAAAAUCAUGUUUGGAUCAACUGGUCUUGAAUUCAAUCCCAUGACAGGAAGUCUUGAUGCACCAGAUCAUUGUUGGAAAGACAAAAUCAAGACUUAUCCUGAAGCUUCGAAACUUCGCUCGAAGCCACUACGAUGCAUUCCGCUUCUUCAUGUGGUUUUUGGAGAUAAAACUGUCGUGGUUGAGGAUUCAUGGCAACCGAGACCUGGUGCACACUCUUGUGCUCCACCAGCAGACUUAAGUGAAAACGACAGUCUGAACAACAAUGCAGAUGAAAGAGAAGAUCCAACUCAGAAUAAUUGUCUGCAUCCUGGAGAUGAGUGGUUCGAACAAGUUCCGAUGGAAUUUUCUCCAAAUUUGAACGAAACAGAUCCGUCGUUGGCAUCGCAACCUAGUUCUUCCACACACACUCAAGUGAAAAAUGUAACUCGUAAAAGAAAGCGUAAGAGCAAUUCAGUAGAUUCGACGCUCGACCGUAUUGCUUCGACUAUGGAAGAGCGGAAUGAUAUUUGGGAACACAUGACAUCAUAUAAGUCUAAAGAGUCAACAAACUCAACUGAAGAACGCAUGGCUCUUGUUGUCAAGUAUGUAAGGGUGGUACCUGAUCUAGUUCCUAUGACAGAGCUUUAUUGGGCAUCUCUCGAUCUAAUUGCAACAAAUGACGUUGUGCGGGGAUUAUUUCUUGCUCUUCCAGAUGCUGAAAAGUUACCUUUUCUGAAGCGCCAAACCAAGGAGUCUCGUAAUGACUUCUUUGAUGCUUAG